AUGUAUUUUGCCAAGAAGCACAACAAGAAGGGCUUCAAGAAGAUGCAGGCUAACAGUGCCAAGGCCAUGAGUGCAUGCGCCGAGGCUAUCAGGGCCCUCGUGAAGCCCAAGGAGGUCAAGCCCAAGGUCAUUCCAAAGGGAGUAGACCACAAGAUCACUCGACUUGCCUAUAUUGCCCACCCCAAGUUUGGGAAGCGUAUCUGUGCCCGCAUUGCCAAGGAUCCCAAGGCCAAGACUCCGGCUUCUGCUCCAGCCCAGGUUCCCAAAGCUGCCCAGGCCCCCAUGAAGGCUCCACAGUAA